ACGGACUUUUCACUUCUUAAUCUCUGUAACACUGAACUCCCAACGCUUUCUUCUAGGGCUCGAUUCAAACAUUUUCCCUCAGAUUUUCCGGGAAAAAAAUGGACGGAAACCUAGAAAUCUCCCUGGAUAAGCUCCCCGUUAGAGCCCUCGAUGCCAUCGAAGAAAACGGCGUCGAACGAUACCCUCACGAGUUAAGCUACGACGAGAAGCGAGUGUCGCUGAUACGACGAAUAGACUUCGCGUGGGCGUUGGAAACUGACGAAGAAAGGGAGAGGAAGAAGAAGCAGAAGAAGAAGAACUCCAAAGAUGCUACCGCAACGUGGCAGUGGCAGAGCAUGGUUGAGAAUCUCCAAUUGGCUCACCAGGAGCUCUCCGUUAUCAUAGACCUUAUCAACACGGUGGAAGCUAAUGAUGCUGUAACAGUGGCUGGCAUGACAAGGCCAAAACCAUUGCCUAAUGAGGUCCUGUCUGAUCUUGCUGUAUCUGCUGCAACCAAGCUACAAUGUUACCGGCAUCUGGGUAAAUACUUCAAACAGUCUGCCAAAGCUUUGGAACAGCAGAUUGCUAGGGAAGCAAGAUUUUAUGGUGCUCUAAUAAGAUUGCAGCAAAAUUGGAAAGUUAAACGGCAACGAGUGGCAGCUCCGUCUUCCAGCAACGAAGGCUUCACUAUUGAUCUUUUUGAUAAUUCAUUAUAUGAUUCAGCAACAAUUUCUCGUCCUUCCUCUCUAUCUGUCAUUCAUAUUGAACAUGAUUCAGCUGGAAUGCUGGCUAUCAACUUACCUUCAAAUUCAUGUCACUCUCUUCAUUUUGGUUUUCUUGGUGUGCAUUCUGCUGAUAUCCCAAAAGAAUCAAGUAAGAUUAAGACUCAUGGCUCAGUUGAUCAGACCACAAGAGACUCUCAGAAAGAAUCAAUGAGUGAUGAUGAGAGUGUUAAAGAAACACAUUUGCUCCUUCGGGAAGUUCAUCAAUCAAUCUUUAAUGAUCAGGUGUUUGAUAUGGUGAAUCGUGAAGCAUUCAACCAAUCUGCUGGAGUCAAUGUAACUGGAAUACGAGAAAAUUAUCUACAAUUGAGCAUAGGUCAAGGAACCUCUCUGUUCAUAUCACUUGUGCCAUCUAGUAAGGGCGAUGAUCAGGCUGUUGACACUGCCAAUGCCCAGAAUUUGGAGUCUGCAAUUGUAUCUUUGGAUUCAUUUGAUGAUGUGAAAUCAGGAGAAGGAAAACAUGAUAUUACUGAAAAGAAAUGGGGUUUCCCUAAUCGUAUCAGUUGUGAAAUAUAUCUACAGCAAAUUGUUCAUGAACAUGCAUUCAUAAAAGGGAAGGAUAGACCAAAUUCAUCUGGUACUCGAGUAUCUGGUCAAUCAGGAAAGGUUGGAUCUGGUCUUCUUGGUCAUUUCAGUCUGUCUCUGGCUCAUAGAAUUUUUUCGAACAGAGUUCUUAUGAAGCUGGAAAAUGUGGUUUGUAGGGUCCCAUAUCUCCAUUUGAUGACCCAUCCUACUUGGCAUUCUCGGACAUCUUCCUGGACAAUCUUUAUGAAAGUUCCUCAGUCCAUUCUUCAUGUGGAGUCCCAAUCCCAAAAAUCAGACUUCCAGAACAUGAAGGAUGCUAUAAAAUCACAAUUUCGUACCAAGGUGGUGGUGAAUGAUGACCGUAUCAAUGUUGAAGGGGAAGGUGCUCCUAAUGUUGUCGGACUGUUCAAAAGAAGUUCUGAGGACAUAUGUUCUGUAAACAAAUAUGACUGUGACUUGGCUGAUCUUCCUGUUAUAAUACUGCAGCAGGUUGCAAGCCAAGUUAUUCGUUGGCUUCAUGAGGAAGCUCUCAUGGUGGGAAUAAAAACAAAUCGUGAUUUUCUGUGCUUGACUUUUGAGCUAGAACAGGGGGAGACUGUUAGCCUGGUGGCCCAUGUGGACCCAGAAGACAUUCAAGGCUGCAUCUCUUGGUGGUUAGUGAUGGAAGAUGGAUUUGCAGAGGAUUGGAAACUUCAAAUGGACAUGUCUGAUGGUGCAUCCGAGUAUAGAAAGUUUUUGGGGCAUUUAUCUUUGGACGUGUUAUACUCAACAUUAAUGGACUUGGUUAGCUUGUGCGGUGGAGGUGGAAACCAUUGAGCCUGCAUAAGUUUCUUCUACAUUUCAUCCCGUUCAAGUGGUUCCUAUACGCAAAUCAACAUUACUUGUAAUAUUAGUUCCUGUAUGAUCAUGAAAGUAAUUUCACUCUUUGGUUCUCUUUACUAAUAGAUGACUUAAAAAAUUUUACUAAUUGCAUGGAUUGUUGUAAAUGGGCAGCUGGAUAAGAAUUGAUGAUUGUUGUUGAUGGUGACGAUGAUGAACUGGUUAGUGUUCAAUCAGUGUGCAAUCCAAAAUCAGCAGUAUCCUUUCUAGUG